AUGAACGAAAAUGAAAAUAUCCUAGUUUCUGAUAAUAGUUUCAAUUAAUAAAAGUUUUGUAUCACUCCAGCAAAACCUGAAAGGAAAAUAAAAGAAAACUAUAUUUUACAAACUCCAAUAACACCUAAUGUAUAAAGAACUUUAUUCACUAAUCAUAAAAAUCUGUCUGCUUCUAAGUUUAUUAUUGAUGAAUAAUUGGUUGAUUAAUAAAUUUCUUAAAUUGAAGUUGAUUAAGCGGUUGAAUUGAUCUAAGAAAUUUGCUUAAGAUUUAAUCUCACUUUUUCAAAAUUUUCUAUUGUUUCUUAAGAUGUAAUUAGACUCAUCUAUUUAUUUAAAGAAAUUAAAAUGAUUUGUACAUAUCCAAUAGAAAAAUUAUACGAUUUUUUAAAUGUAGUUUAAAUGAGAUACCCUAACUCUAUAAGUUUAGUAGUUUCAUCAUAGAAAUUACCAAGCAUGUUAUAAAUCAAUGAUAUAUUAGAAUUGAGAUAGAUAAAAUAAGGUUUAGUGAAUAUUACAUAUUUAUAAUUAUAUCGUCGAGAUUCAGAUACAAUAAUGUAAAUUUUAAGAAGUCUUAAUGUGAAAUAGGCAUUCUAUUUUGAUGAUGUUGAAUAAUGUCGAUAUUUACUUUCUGAUAAUAUUAAAUAACAUAUAGUUUGUAAUAGAGGUGUCUUACCUGCCACAAAUAUUCAAGAAUUAAGGAAUUAUCUCUCUAUAUAGACAUCGUAUAUAGGACCAACUUUAGAUAUUGGCCAUAUUUAAAGUGAGUAUAAACCAAAUUAUUAAUUAAAUAAAGUUAUUUUUAUGGAUUCAGAAAGUUUUUCAAGAAUGCUUACAAGAUUAGAAGAAUAAAAUUUAGAAAGUGUUGCUUUGAAAUUUUAAAAUAAUAAAAACAUCACUAAUUUUGAAGAUUUUUGUAUUAAUAAUUAAAUCACUUGUAAAUAUGAAGCUAUUUCAUCUUCUGCAGAAUUGAAAACAUAAUAUGAAGUAUUAGUUCACAUAGAUUAAGUUAACAGUUUGUAAGCUUAUUUGAAUGAUUGUGCAUUUUUAAAUAAAGAUUGCAUAAGUAUAGUUUAUUUGUCAAAAGAAUAAUAUUUAUUAAAAAGAAAAUCAUUAUUUUUUUAAUAAACAAGUUUAGAAUUAUUGGAAGCAAUUUAUAAUUAAUUAUGUACAAAUUAAAAUAAAGUUAAUUUAAAUCAUAUUAAAUAAUCUUUUAUGAUUGAUAAUCCAAUGAAAUUAAUGAAUAUGUUAGAAAAACAUUAAUUAAUUUAAAUUGAUACAGUAAUACCAUUGAAAUGUUCGGUAUCCAUAGACACAAUGGCAGAUACAAAUUCUGAAUAAAUCAAUUAAUUAAUAAAAUACAUAAAAUUACAUAGUAGAAGAAUUAUAUCUUUGAGAAAAGAUGUAAGUACUAUAAAACAUUUUGAAAUAGAUCUUGAAGAUGUAUCAAAAUUUAUGAAUAAACCAAUAAUUGAAUUGUGUAUAUAAAUUGAAUCAAAAAAUAAGGUAUUUUUAGAACCUGAAUUUUAUGAUUUUUUGAUUAAUUAUUAGAUUACUGAUCAUUAAUUAAAUUAUGCAAAUAAUAAAAUGAAGAAUUAAUUGUUAUAAUGUUCAUAAGACAUAACAAAAAUUAAAUAAUAAUAAAUAUAAGAAUUAGAUAUAUGGUUUUGUCUUGGUUAAAUGUUAAAAAUAUCAUCAUUAUCUAAAUGUAUAAAUUACUAUUCAAAUUAAUAAAAAUUUGCUGAAAUUGUUGAUAAAUAUUUUACAGCUGAAAAUAAAUUAACAGUAGGUGAAUUAUUUUAACAUAAUCAUAUUAAAUAUAUGCCAAUCAAAACAAUUGAAGGUUUGAGAGAAAAAACUAAAAUAAUUACAGACAUAAGAAAGAUAUAUUAAAACAUUGAAAAAGAGAAAGAUCGAAAUAUUUUACAUAAAAUACCUAUAAAUAGAAGAGUACAUUAUGAAUUAAUGAAAUAAUAUCUAUCAUAUGAUUUAGAUUAACUCUCAGAUUUAGUUAAUUAUUAUAUUGAUUAAUAAAAUAAGCAAACAUAAAGAUAUAGAGUAAAGGGAUGGUUAUUAGAUUUGCCAAUUAAAAAAGUAAAGUUUUCAUGA